AUGCCCUGUCAUCGUCAUGGGUCUCAGAAUAUCGCGGCCAAGAGGUCACAGCCGUCUCCUAUUUCUGGACCAACAAGUGAGUUCAUCCACUAUCGCCCCCUCUUCUACGACGCUAAUCUUCAAGGACGCGUCCCCUGCACCAACUGCAGCACCUCUAGUCGACCAGGAUGUCAUUUGGGUCCCAACAAGAAGCAGGGCAGACAGCUAGAACGACCUGCUACUCUUGCUCCCCUCCUCCCGCGCGAGUCAGUCAAUUCAUCAACGACUUCAUCGCCAUUGCCCGUCGAAACGCUUGUUACCUCUGCCAAGGAAGACGGGGAGCAAGAUCUGGGCGCACACCUUCUCAAUCGCCACGAUACAAGAGGUGCUGAGCUUGGCCAUCGAACUCGUUCACAUUUUAUUGGAUCUGAAAUAUCUAACUGCCAUUACCUCGUUCGCCAAAGCUCGUCCGAGACAAGCUAUGAUAAAGCAUUCCACUUCAACAAUGGUCAAUGGGAGUCUGGGGAGUCUUGGUACAAGUCACAUGGUAUCCCAGACGAGAUCUGCGAACGUCCAGAGAAGCACCUUGAAGUCAGGUUAAUAACAGCGUAUUUCGAGCUCGUCAACCGCGGAUGGCCGAUAGUUGAUCAAGAGUUAUUCAUGAUGCAAUAUCAUGACCAGGAUCUGAAAAACCCAGUCUGCUUGACGCUGCUCAAUGCCAUAUUACUUGUGGGAGCUCACGCUCUAGCAUCGCAUGAUAAGACUAUGAUUCCGCUGUUGCCUGUCUUUUUCCGGAAAGCAAAAGUCCUCACUGAGGGUGACUCUGGUUAUGAUAGGCUUGCCGGUAUUCAAGUGCCGCUACUGAUGACAUGGUAUUCCGAUGUCAAUGCCUGGCAUUGGAUUGGGAUUGCCAUCAGAACAGCUAUGGCCCUGGGAGUUCAUCGAGAUGUUACUCACUCAACAAUGCUACCAGUCUAUAAGCGCACAUAUACUCGGCUUUGGUGGAUUCUCUUCCAGUUCGACACAAUCUCAGCAACGUCAGCUGGUCGACCUCAGGUCAUAAACCUGGCGGAUUCAGAUGUCCCAGAUCUCCAAUAUGCUGAUUUUGAAGGCGUCCCCGGAGCAGAAAUGGACUUUAUGAUCCAUCAAAUAAAGCUAUGCAAGGUCAUAUCCCAAACAAUAAAGGACGGUUGGUCGCCUCGAGCUUCCAUGGAGACACGAAUACAAGCUAUCAAAAGCGCAGAUGAGUCCCUUGGCGAUUUGAUGCUGGGAAUCCCAGAACGACUCCAGCUGAAGCUUUCCAAUAUAGACAUCUGGCAGUCUCUCCUUCAUCUAACGCAUUACAACUUUGUUCUCUUACUUCAUCGCCCUGCACCUAAUUGCAGUCCAACGGACACGUCCGCCGGAGCACAUGAAGAUGCUAUUCUCUGCAGAGAAGCCACAAUUGCCAUUGCAUCCAUAUUUGAGGCUUUGCUUAGCAAGAGGGCUAUAUCCUCAUUGUGGCUCUAUAGUAACCAUGUUUUGUUUACGGCAACCAUCUACAUUCUGAACCAGAUCAACAGUAGUACGCCACUAUUAGCUGCUAAAUCUCGGCGAACACUAGACAUAUUACUAACCUCUCUGCGCGAGCUCGCAAAGUACUGGACCUAUGCGAAAGGACUAUUGCAGGUUCUUGAACAGAGGGCUUCCAAGCUCAAGAGUCUACGAAACGAUGCUCCGUCUGCAAGUUUACAAUACGUUGAACCACUCGAGCAGCAUAAUAACAUGUCCUUCGAUUCUCAAACUGACGUUCCAACCGAGAAAUCCUCACACAACCAGGCAGGCGAAGUCUCGUCAGGGUGGAAUCGCGGAGGGGGCCAGUUGUCAAGCGACUCAGGUGCAGGGCUAGCCGACCUUGGUUUAGACACCCAUACAGCAGCCGCUGAUUUCAACACGAGCACGGGCUAUCAAGGGGCCAGCCAAGACCCUCUAUUAGAUGAUUUGUUUCUACUGGAUGCUUCUGCAUUUGAGUUUCAUUUCUAUGAUAACAUAGGUUAG